UGGAACAAGCGAAUAAAUGUAAUUUUGGUAAAUCGGAAGUGGAAAGUCGUGAGUUAAGGAUAAUUGACAAAGUUAUUCAGCAUUCUUCACCGGAAAUGCGAGAAAAAUUACUUCAAGAAGAAAAUUUAUCCUUAGCUCAACUUACAAGGAUAGUCAGAUCGACAGAAUCGAUUAAAUUUCAAGCUCUUACAAUUAAUGAAAUUUCCGGACCCAAUGUUUUCCAAGUUAAUUCCAAUGUGAAUAGAAUUCUAGAUCAAAGAAAUAUUUUAAAUAAUGCAUGUUACCGGUGUGGAGACAAAAAUCAUUUUGCCAACGAUCCAUUAUGUCCAGCUAGAGGGUUUAAGUGUCCAAAGUGUUCUAAAAUGGGACAUUAUCCUCAGUGCUGUAAGUCUACUGGGAAACAGGUGACUAACAAGCGUCAACAUUCGGCUAAUUUUUUUCAACAACAGAAUAAGAAAUUUAAAUCACACAACGUACGGUUGAUAGAAUCAACGGAGAACAAUGUUAAUCAAGAACAACAGAGUUUCAUUUAUCAAAUUGGAGAUGGUGACGAAAUGAUGUGGUUGAAAAUUGGUGGUGUGCUCAUCCAAAUGCUAGUAGAUUCUGGUAGUUCCAAAAAUAUCAUCGAUUUCACCACCUGGGAAUACAUGAAGCAACAAGGAGUUAAAGUUCGUCAGCCUGAGCGUCUACCUAACACCACUCUUCGUGGUUAUGGUACUUUAUCAAAACCUCUACAAAUAUCAACAGUGUUUGAAGCAGUUAUAUCUGUUGAUGGUUUACCCCAAUCGGAGCAAGUCGCUACAUUCUUUGUCGUUGUUGAUGGAGCACAGCCUCUACUUGGCAAAGAGACUGCCAAAUUACUUGGUGUGUUGACAAUUGGAUUGCCCCAAUCAGUUAACUCUGUUGUUUCAUUUGAAAAACGUCCAUUUCCAAAAAUGAAAAAUGUUCUACUACGCAUACCUGUAAAUUCGAAUGUAAACCCUGUAGCACAACGUGUUCGUAGACCACCUGUUGCUCUGCUGUCUAGAAUUGAAGAAAAGAUUGCUCAAUUGUUGGCCAACGACAUCAUAGAACCAGUUGAAGGUGGAGCUACAUGGGUAUCUCCGUUAGUUACCAUUCUCAAGGACAAUGGUGAUUUACGUUUAUGUGUUGACAUGAGACGCGCCAAUCAAGCUAUUAUAAGAGAACAUUACAUGAUGCCGACGUUUGAAGAUUUUUUGCCACGCCUGAAGUCUGCUAAUUUUUUUAGUCGUCUAGACAUAAAAGACGCUUUUCAUCAGAUUGAAUUAGAAGAGUCCUCCCGUUAUAUUACAACAUUUAUAAGUCAUAAAGGAUUAUUUCGCUAUAAGCGUUUAAUGUUUGGAAUUUCAUGUGCACCUGAAAUGUUUCAGAAGACUCUCGAACAAAUAUUGAUUGGUUGUGAAAAUGUAAUCAAUUAUAUUGAUGAUAUUUUCGUUUAUGGUGAAACUCAAGAAGAACAUGACCGAAGUUUGUCACAAAUAUUAGCUGUCUUAAAAAGUCGUAAUAUUCUCCUCAAUAAUCAAAAAUGCAUCUUCAAAGUACGCGAGAUAGAAUUUCUAGGACAUAAGAUUUCUGCUGAAGGAGUUCGACCAAUGGAGAACAAAAUAGGCUGUUUGCAAAAAUUUCGCAAACCUAGAACUUCGGAAGAAGUUCGAAGUUUUCUUGGACUUGUAACGUAUAUUGGCAAAUUUAUACCGAAUUUAGCAACUAUAACAGCACCUUUACGAGAACUUAUUUGCAAAAAUAUUAGAUUCAAAUGGGAAGCGAAGCAUGAAGAAAGUUUUCAACAUCUGAAACAAGCUAUUUCAAAUGUCCGAACUCUAUCGUUUUUUGAUAACAAUCUCCGAACUAGAGUAGUCGCCGAUGCGUCUCCAGUUGCUCUAGGAGCUGUUUUAAUUCAGUUUAUUGAUCACACCGAUAAUGAACCUCGAGUCAUUCGCUAUGCAAGCAAAAGUUUAUCUAAAACAGAAAGUCGUUAUUGUCAGACGGAAAAAGAAGCAUUGGCUUUAGUCUGGGCGGUUGAGAAAUUUUCAAUUUAUUUGAUUGGUCGUGAAUUUGAACUUGAAACUGAUCAUAAGCCUUUGGAAAUUAUUUUUGCUCCUACAUCGACACCAUGUGCACGAAUUGAACGUUGGGUUCUACGAUUGCAGUCUUUCCGGUUCGUUGUGAAGUACCGAAAAGGUUCAGGAAACAUAGCAGAUUCUCUUUCACGGUUAGUCGAGCAAGAACCUUCUGGAGAUUUCGAACAAGAUAAUAAAUUUUUGGUGCUCGCUGUCAAAGAGUCCGUUGCUAUUGAUAUUCAAGAACUAGAAGAAGAAACACUUUCCGAUCUGGAGUUAAAGACUGUGAAAGAUUGUUUGCGUACAGGAAUAUGGUCAAGUUCUUUAGUUAAACAUUAUGAACCAUUUGCAAAUGAACUUGGAAUUCUUAGCGAUAUGGUUGUGCGUUGCAACAAACUGGUCGUUCCAAAAAUUUUACGGCAUCGAAUGUUAGAACUGGGACAUGAAGGUCAUCCAGGCGAAUCUGUGAUGAAGAAGCGAUUGCGAGAAAGGGCUUGGUGGCCUAUGAUGGAUAAGGAUAUCAAGAAAUAUGUUCUUGAUUGUGAGGGAUGUAGACUAACUGGACUUCCCAGCAAGCCAAUUCCGAUGGCACGACGAGAGUUACCGUUGAAACCUUGGAUUGAUAUAGCAAUCGAUUUCAUGGGACCUCUUCCAUCGGGAGAAUAUUUAUUGGUUGUGAUAGAUUAUUUCAGUCGAUACAAAGAAGUAGAAAUCAUGAAUCGCAUUACAUCACGUGACACGGUGGAUAAGUUGAACCAAAUUUUCACAAGACUUGGAUAUCCAAGAACGAUAACUCUUGAUAAUGCUAAACAAUUUGUAGGGAAAGAAUUUGAGGAAUUCUGUAAAGUACAUGGAAUAACGCUUAAUCACACAGCACCAUAUUGGCCUCAAGAAAAUGGUCUUGUUGAAAGGCAAAAUCGAUCUUUAUUGAAGAGACUUCAAAUUAGCCAUGCCUUCGGUAGAGAUUGGAAGAAAGAUCUUAAAGAUUAUCUUAUGAUGUACUAUACAACUCCACAUUCGACUACAGGAAAAACACCUACUGAGUUGUGUUAUGGGAGAACAAUUCGUUCAAAAUUGCCAACUAUCGAAGAUUUGGAAACUACACCAACAUCAACUGAUUAUCGUGAUCAAGACCGCAUGAGGAAGCAUAAAGGUAAAGAAACAGAAGACAUUCGUCGUGGAGCUGAGACAUCAAAAAUUCAACAGGGGGAUAAAGUUUUAAUGGAAAAUCUAGUUCCAUCAAAUAAAUUAUCAACUAAGUUUGGGAAAACACAGUUUACCGUUACAGAAAGAGUGGGUCCAAGAGCGGUAGUGGAGAAUGAUUCAGGGAGAUCAUUCGAACGAAAUGUAGCUCAUUUGAAGCGAAUACCUUUAGAACAGGAUUCCAGUUCUGAAAUUGAAGAUCUCGAUGAAGCCACGCUCAUAAAUACACCGAUAACGAUUGACGAUGAAGUAUCAGCAAAUGAACAAGAACCUGCUAUCAAUAAUACAUUAAUAUCAUCAAACGUUGCUGAAGUCCGGGGAAGGUUGUCAGCUAAUCGCGAACGUCGAAAGCCUUCAAGAUUCCUGGAUUAUGUCAUGAAAGUUCAACAAACCUCAAACUUUGCUUAAACUAAACGAGAUAUGGUGAUUACUUGUGAUCACGUCAGCAUGAUCAUCAGAAUUGUAAUAUUUUAAAGUAGGCUUUUCAGUGAAAAUACAUUCUUGGAUUAUACAUCAA